AUGUGUCUUUCUACCGAAAGUACCGAGUUCAAGGCCAAGACCAAGGAGAUCUAUUGGCCCAUUCUGAAGUCAUCACUCUUGAAUGGUGACCUCUCUAUCGAAGACCUGGACCUUGACUGCCCUAUCUGCUGGGAUAAUAUGAGCGUCCACGAGAGCAAAGAUGAACAUGUUGACGACCACCGAGCAGUUAUCCUCGCUUGCGGCCACAUGCUCGGCAACUCUUGCGCAAAUCUUGGCGAACUUGAAAUCUGCCCUAUCUGCCGUGCUGAACUCAUGCACCGUCACUGCGGACACCGCAACAAAGGAUGGGUAGUACCCGGGAGCAUCGAGAAACUCAACUCUGUACCCCAAGAGCUGAGCAAGGGCGGCACUAUCCCCCCUUACUGUGACACUUGCCAAGUGGAGAUGGUGCUGCAAAAACUGAUGGAAAGAUUGGAGUUUAUUGACGCCGCAUCCCAAGCUCGGAAGAAUCUUCGCCCUCGCAAGUUGAGAAUGUCUCUGAGAGUCGGCGCCAUACAGUUCGAGAGGGGAGACUGCCCCGACGGCAUGAACUCCGUCCUGUUCGAGACUCCUGAUUGUUUACAACACGAGCUCGACGACUUCCAGAAGGUCCAAGUCCAAGGCGAGAAACAAGGGUGUGUCUGGUACCAAGAAUCCUUCAGUGACGUCGAAGUCCAGUGUUUCGCUUUGGAGAAGCCGAACUUUGCGGAAAUGGGAAUUCGGGCCAUAUGGCUGUGGCAUCUAGCCCAUGGCGAUGAUUCUGACUCCGAUUCAGACGAAGAUGACGAAGACGAUUACGACGAAGACGUCGCUAGCUGGCAAAUUCUGACCUGCUAG